UGCACAGACAUUCCCGACGAGGCUCGCCAUGGCUGAGGCUUUCGCGGGCGUCUGGAACCUGAUAGACAGCAGCGGUUUCGAUGAUUACAUGAAAGCGAUCGGUGUGGGCUUCGCCACAAGACAGAUUGCAAACCUGACCAAACCCACCACCAUCAUUGAGGUUGACGGUGACAAGAUCACCCUCAAGACCCAAAGCACUUUCAAGAACACAGAGAUUUGCUUCAAACUAGGAGAAGAAUUUGACGAGACAACUGCAGAUGACAGACACAUCAAGUCUCUUGUGACACUAGAUGGAGGAAAACUCAUUCAUGUGCAGAAAUGGGAUGGAAAGGAGACCUCGCUAGUCCGAGAACUGAAGGAUGGAAAAUUGAUUUUGACUCUGACGAUGGGGAAUGUGGUCUGCACCCGCACCUACCAAAAAGCAGAACAAUAUCACUACACUACACUAUAGAAUUAUAUCUUAAUC